AGAUCAGAGAGGACUUCCUGGAAGAAUAUGAAACAGGCAGAGGGACAGAGACACAGACUCUGUUGCUAUGGUUACCCCCCUCUUCAGCUGUGGCACCCAUCAUUGCUGAAUGACAUAAAACACAUCACUACUGGAGCUCCAGCACAAGAAAGUCUCCACAAACACCAGGUUUCUGAAGUUUCUGGUUUUAUUCUACGACAUAAAACACGUCAGUAAAUUCCCCAUUCCUGAUUCUUGAAGCUUUUAUAUUCUCUGUUGCUAUCAAGCAUCUGAAUGAGACGACAGAGGUUUUAGGGGACGUUAAAUGUCAUUAUGUUGAACAUGAAAAUCGAUCUACUCACCAGUCCACCUUUAGAGCCUCGUUAACUCAGCAGUCCACCUUUAGAGCCUCUCUGUGUGUUUAUACAAACCGUCACUAACUCUGUCAGAGGAAGAGCUUUUGUAGAAGAGGUCAGAGAGGAAUCAAACUACAAGCUGAAGUUUAGUGGUGUUGAUGUUGACGUCAUGUGACCCUGGUGAAGUUGGUUUAUAGUCCAACAUUAGCUUUUUUUACUUCUCAUUGUUUUGAGGCUUCAAACAUCAAACAGUGAUGUUCAUUAGUGAAGAUGAUGCUGCUGAACUAAACCUCAGGAUCAGAAAACUGUUGUUAUUUUCUCUAAUAAUCCAAAACACAACGGAGAAAUCCUAUUGGCUGUUUGUGGAGGGAACCAGGGUGAAGCUAACUUCAGGUGGACCACAAACAUACUUCAUCCUGCUGCAGUCUAUAAUCCUGGUAAUGACACAGUUAACUGUAACAUGAACCAGUAGAGAAUCUACUCUCUCUGAUUGGUCAGAACCCUAUAAUCUACCUGGAGUCACCUCUGUGCAGGUUGGUGAUUGGUUUGUAGUUUUCAACAAAGAAAGAGAAAGUAAAGAAGCGGAGCAAGUCAACAGGAAGCAGGUUGAACAGGUUGGACAGAUUCCUGAUCAUCGAUCAAUAUGUUUGUCAUCCGGCUGAUGAUUGUCUCUCUGUUCGUCCAUCAGGUGAUGAGUUCAGGUUCAGGACGACACUCCCUGUGGGUGCUGGCCUCCUACAUCUCAGGGACGACCCCGUUUCCAGAGUUCUCUGUGGUCCUGAUGUUGGACGACGUCCAGGUGGGUUACUAUGACUCAGAGCUGGACCGAAUGACGAGGGUCGGCAGGGCAGGUGAGGAGGGGGCGGAGCUGGGCCUGCGCCAGGAGGUCGUGUCCGUGUUGCGGGAAAUGUUCUCCAACAUGGGUAGGAGGCUGACGCUGGUCAAACACCGCUUCAACCUGACGUCGGGAGUCCACGUCCAGCAGAGAGUGACGGGCUGCGAGGUGCUGGAGGACGGACAGCCGGCGCUCAUCAUGUUCAGGGACGGGUCCAACGGGCAGGACGCCGACAGCCUCAUGUACAACAUGACACACUUCACAUACGCCGGCAGGGAGGGCGGGGAGAUCCAGUGGGACGCUGUGAAGAAGACAUACUUCCAGAUGCUCUAUUCAAAUAUCUACCUGCCCCUCUGUGUCCGGACUCUCAGGACCCUCCUCGACAGGGAAAAGCACCUGGUGAUGCGUCGGGUCCGACCUCGAGUCCGCCUCAUAAAUAAACAGGUAGUGGGCGGGGCUCAGGUCACCUGUCUGGCUACAGACUUCUACCCUCGCCACAUCAACCUGACGCUGCUGCGGGACAGCCGGCCCGUGGACGAGGACGAGCUGACCGGCGGCUCAGUGCUGCCCAACGGUAACGGCCUCUACCAGGUGAGGAAGACGCUGACGGUCGGCAACGAGGAGCUGCGGAGAAAACACAACUACACCUGCACCACCUCUCACCUGAGCCUGGACAACCGGCUGGAGGUGAGCUGGAGGGCCGAGUUCUCCCGCUCUUACAGGGUUCACAUCAUCUCUGCUCCUGUCGGCCUGAUGGUCGCUGUCCUCCUGCUGCUGGUGCUGCUGUGGAGGAGGAGGAGGAGCAGGAGGUCAGAGGGCGUCGCCAUGGAAACACAGGAGCAGCCAGAGGAGCAUGAGCUCUAAAUGAAGAAAGGUGAUUCAGACACAGAAACAAUACACACCAGGUGUGUGCAACCUGCAGCAGGGUUACACCUGAGCAGGUGAUGUCACCUGUGGAGUCUUUAUGGAUGAAGACCCGUGAAAGACGUACCAAUACCUGAUAUUCAUACUUUUCUUUUCAUAGUUAUUUUAACUAGUUCCUGUAGUUUCAUGUGUAAUCUGCAUCAUAUCUUUAUGGAGUGCUUUCUUUGUCAAGUCUUUGAAUUUGAACUAUUCAGUGAAUACAGCUGGCGGAUUAAUGCAGUACAGUAGAAGUAUACAGUAACCAGUAAAGUACCUCCAAACUGAAACUGUAGUAAUUGUACUUGAAGUAAUUGUACUCAGUUUUCAGGACUGGACUGUGUGGUAAAGAUACUGUCUCAACUAAUGGGAUCAAUAAUGAUUUAAAAAGGUAAAAAGUGUUUUUCAUCACCACAACAUAAAGCCAUUAUAUAAUA